AUGUUUGAUCAGGGUCGACCAUUUAUUAAUCAACAAAUAUCGCACUUAAAUCUAAAUACAAAUGAACUCAUAACUUGGCUAUCAAGAAAUCAAGUUAAGGCACAAUAUAUUUGGCUUUUAGGAUUAUUUUUUUAUUAUAAAAUCGAUACAGAACAAAAUAGCAAUAGUGCAUUUCAAUUAUUUUUCAGAGCAUCGCAAUUCAAUUAUUCAUUAGCUCAAGUUUACCUUGCAAAGUGCUAUAAUGAUGGAUAUGAAAUAGAGCAGAAUAAAUGUUCGGCGUUUGAAUGGUAUCAAAAAUCUGUAAAAAAUGAAAGCAUUAUUGGACAAUUUUAUUUAGGAUGUUGCUAUGAGUAUGGCAUUGGUGUUGAAAAAGAUGAGAAGAAAUCAAUUUAUUGGUAUAAUAAAGCGGCGGAAAAUGGAAAUGGAUUGGCACUAUAUAGUUUAGGUGUAUGUCAUGAAUUUGGAAGAGGCGUUGAAAAGAAUGAUGCUAAAGCUUUCGAAUUUUAUAAAAAUUCGGCGGAGCAAGGUGAUUUAGCAGCGCAAUAUAAAUUUGCAUUCUGUUGUGAAAAUGGAAUCGGAACCGAGGUCAAUAAAGGGAAGGCAUUCGAGUUAUAUAAGUAUGCAGCUGAGAGAGGUAGUGCCUUUGCACAAAAUAGUCUUGGAUUAUUAUACGAACAAGUUGGAUAUUGUUAUGAAUACGGAAUAGGUAUUAAAAAAGAUGAAAUAAAAGCUUUUGAAAUUUAUAAUAAGUUGGCUAAUCAAAGUUAUUUAGAUGCACAAUAUCGAGUCGCGUAUUGUUAUGAUAAAGGAAUUGGGAUUAAGGUCAAUAAAAAAAAGGCAUUUGAACUAUUUAAAGAUGCGGCUGAUAAAGGAAAUAAAUUUGCACAAAAUAGUCUUGGAUUAUUAUACGAAAAAGGUGAUUUAACAGCGCAAUAUAAAUUUGCAUGCUGUUAUGAAAAAGGAAUUGGAACCGAGGUUAAUAAAGAAAAGGCAUUCGAGUUUUAUAUGUAUGCAGCUGAAAGGGGAAACGUUUUUGCACAAAAUAGUCUUGGGUUAUUAUACGAACAAGGUGAAGCACCACCAUAUUUAGCAAUAGCAGGAGACGCAUUAAUAUUGAUAUCGUCAAAACUCAUUCAUGUUCCUGAUAAUACAAGACGUAAAUUAAAUGAACUGAGAUUAAGUAAUGUCCGAAGCAAGAUGGCAAAGAAUUGUCGUAAUGGACCAUCAGCAAUUGUUGUGGAAAAAUGUUUCUCGAACUUCCUGAUGGCCGUCUGCGAUUCAUCAAUUGCAAUUGGCAAAUGCUUUUGCUGA